AUGUCAAGCCAGGCCCCACAGGAUUACACGUCUGCUCAGCAUUUUGCCCUCAUCUAUAUUGAUCAAUAUGGGAAAAUUCGCCAUCAGGUGUCCCCUUCAAUCGUCCACUAUCGCGACACUAUCCUCAGCCCUCAAGUCACCACGGAAUUCCUGAAAGCGGUGGCGAAAUCCACUCAAGUUGGGCUGCGAAAGCCUUCCCUAGAACUCCCUUCUACUCAGCUACUUCCUAGUCACCUCGUGACCUAUGACUCUAACGAUUCCUGGUUACCAGAGGACAGGAAUAUCGAGGGACAUAUUACACCCAUGACGAGUGGAUGCCAUUACAAACCAACGCCAUAG